ACACGAAACGCUGGACGUGUGAGCACUCUUGUUUAUUCACUAGCAACGAUCCUUCUUCUUCCGUAACCGUGAUCAGAAGAAAGAAGUAACAAUGGCGGACACUGCUCCAGCCGCGCGUGGAGGUUUUCGUGGAGGAUUCGGGUCUCGCGGUGGCGGUGACCGUGGCGGACCGAGGGGUAGGGGCCGCGGUGGCAGAGGACGUGGCCGUGGUCGCGGACGCGGCAAAGAGGACAGCAAAGAAUGGAUCCCAGUGACCAAAUUGGGUCGCCUCGUCAGAGAUGGUAGGAUCGAGUCGCUCGAGCACAUCUAUCUUUUCUCGUUGCCGAUCAAGGAAUACGAGAUCAUCGACAAGUUCCUGGGACCCGAACUAAAGGACGAAGUCCUGAAGAUUAUGCCCGUGCAGAAACAGACCAGAGCCGGUCAACGUACACGUUUCAAGGCUUUCGUGGCUAUUGGAGACUACAAGGGGCACAUCGGUUUAGGAGUCAAGUGCUCGAAGGAAGUAGCCACUGCUAUUCGCGGUGCCAUCAUCUUGGCUAAACUUUCGGUCGUACCUGUGCGCCGUGGUUACUGGGGAAACAAGAUCGGGGAUCCUCACACGGUACCCUGCAAGGUGACCGGCAAGUGCGGCUCUGUUCAGGUGCGAUUGAUCCCGGCGCCUAGAGGUACCGGUAUCGUGUCCGCGCCCGUACCCAAGAAACUGCUGCAGAUGGCUGGCAUCGAGGAUUGUUACACCUCCGCCAGAGGAUCCACUUGUACUCUUGGCAACUUCGCCAAAGCAACGUACGCGGCCAUCGCAAAGACUUACGCGUAUUUGACGCCGGAUCUCUGGCACGAUCAGGCGUUGAGAAAAGCCCCGUAUCAAGAAUUCGCAGACUACUUGUCUAAGAAUCACAGAGUCGUGGGAGGACAGAGACCCGCAGAGGUUGUUUAAAUCAAUAAAACUUCCGUGCUAAAUC